UCAUCAUCAAGAUUACUAAUUAAUAAUUCAAAUUCUAAUCAUUUAAUGUUGAUCAUCAUCGUCAUUAUUUUAAUACAUCUCUUUAUAACUCAUGUAUCUUGUUUAGGAAUUUUUCAAUUACGACUUGACAGAUUUGUCAAUGAAUAUAAUCGUGAUGCAUCCGGUCGUUGUUGUGGUGCUGCUGCUGCUGCUGCUGGCCAUAAUAAUACAACGACAUCGACAACAAUUUGUAAAGAAAAAUGUCAAACAUUUUUUCGUAUUUGUUUUAAAAAUUAUCAAGCAAAUAUCGAUACUAAUUCAAAUUGUCUUUAUGGAGAGAAAUUAACUCCAGUUCUUUCACCAAUAACAACAGCAACAAGUGAUAGUCAUCAUCAUCAUCAUCAUCUUAAUCAUCAUUCUCAUCAUUCAUAUUAUAGGUACAUUUUCAUUAAUAAUUGA